CCUCCGACUCUCCCCUCCCAGGCAAGCCCGGGCCCCAGUUCCAGGCUGGAGCCACCGACGCGAAGGGGGACGGGUUCCUCUUAAAAGAGAAACGGAGGCGGCGCGCGCGAGGCCCUGGUACUCAUGGCUGCCUCCCCUGCGGACGCGUCCCGCAGGCGGCGAGAGAAGCGGCGGCAGCUGGAUGCGCGCCGCAGCAAGUGCCGCAUCCGCCUGGGCGGCCACAUGGAACAGUGGUGCCUCCUCAAGGAGCAGCUGGGCUUCUCCCUGCACUCGCAGCUGGCCAAGUUCCUGUUGGACCGGUUAGGGGCCGGGUCAAGGGUUCUGGCGGAGGGCACCCAGGCUGCAACACCCAGCACCCUACCUGCCCCCCUUUCUCCCACAUCAGGUCCGGAGCCUGUGGCCCCCAAGGGUCUGCAGUAUCUGGUGCUCCUGUCUCAUGCUCACAGUCGAGAGUGCAGCCUGGUGCCUGGGCUGCGGGGACCUGGGGGCCGAGAUGGGGGGCUUGUGUGGGAGUGCUCAGCCGGCCACACCUUCUCCUGGGGCCCCUCUUCAGGCCCCACAUCUCCAGAGGAGCCCAAUCCGGUCCCCCUUGCAAGUACUGGCCAGAGAAGCUGGUGCCCAGAAGCCAGGAGUGGGCCGGAGCCCGCAGGUUUGGAAUCUAAGCAUGAUGAGAGGACUGAGGAGGCCAGGUUGCCCAGAGGGGUGGAACCCCCGCCAGAGGCCUUCCCAUCCCUAGGAGAAGAAGACGGGGAAGAGGAAGAUGAGGAUGAAGAGGAGAUGCUCAGUGAUGCCAGCCCAUGGACCUACAGCUCCUCCCCAGAUGACAGUGAGCCAGAUGCCCCCAGACCACCCCCUUCCCCUGUCACCCAUGCACUUAAGGAUGGGGAGAUACCCCCGGCCCCUGCAGCUGUCCCAGCUCCUCUUGCUUCGCCAUCCUCAUCAGCAUCCUCACUGGGUUCUGGAGCUCCUCUGCCUGUAGAAGUCAGGAUACAGCCAGAGCUCAGUGGGACCCCUCAAGCAGACCAGCAGACUGAGCCCCUGGCCAGCCCUGGGAGUCAGGCUCAGUCUGCUCUGGCCUCGGCAUGGGAUGAGGACACUGCUCAGAUUGGCCCCAAGAGAAUUAGGAAAGCUGCCAAAAGAGAGCUGCUGCCCUGUGACUUCCCUGGCUGCGGGAGGAUCUUCUCAAACCGGCAGUAUUUGAAUCACCACAAGAAGUACCAGCACAUCCACCAAAAGUCCUUCUCCUGCCCAGAGCCGGCCUGUGGGAAGUCCUUCAACUUUAAGAAACACCUGAAGGAGCAUGUGAAGCUGCACAGUGAUACCCGAGACUACAUUUGUGAGUUCUGCGCCCGGUCUUUCCGCACCAGCAGCAACUUGGUCAUCCACCGGCGCAUCCACACUGGAGAGAAACCCCUGCAGUGUGAGAUCUGCGGGUUCACCUGCCGCCAGAAGGCGUCCCUGAACUGGCAUCGGCGCAAGCAUGCAGAGACGGUGGCUGCCUUGCGAUUCCCCUGCGAGUUCUGCGGCAAGCGCUUCGAGAAGCCAGACAGUGUCACAGCUCACCGCAGCAAAAGCCACCCCGCCUUGCUCCUGGCCCCGCAAGAAUUAGCUGGUCCACUGGAGUCCUGUUCCAGCAUCUCUGCCCCUGCAUCCCUGGGGACCGACGAGGGAUCCAGGCCCCCUCUGGCUCCUCAGGCUCCCACACUGCUCCCUUAGCAGUGAGCAUUCCCCAGAAUUUGGGGAGCCAGGGACUGGAAAGGAGCAAGAAGGGCCAGACGACUGGUCCCUGGGGACUAGGGUGAUGGGCAGUGCAGGGCAGGGGCAAGACUGUGCUCUAGGGGAGCCGGGCUACUUUAGUCAUCCUAAAGGACAGAAUAAACCCAGUAUUUUACAUGGA